AUGGAUUUUGUUAGAGAUGCAGCCGCUUCUGGGAACCUCCAAGCGUUGACGGUAGCUUUAAACGAGCUCCCCAACGACCCAAACAGAAGCAUCCAGCUGAGAAGUGUUAUUUCAAGCACCAUACAUGGAGGACACUUUGACUGCUUUGAGCUUUUUGUUGACAGUGGAGCAUCACUGGACCAUCCAAAUGCAGCUGGUCAGAGGCCUGUGCACCUAGCCAGUGAAGAUCAUAAUAGGUUGAAUUUCCUUAUUCUUCUCCUUGAAGUUAGACUAGAGUUGAUGGACAGCGUCAAUGGUGAUGGCGCUACUCCUCUUCAUGUAGCUGUUUCUUCCGCCAAUGAACUUGGUGUUGAGCAUCUGCUAAACCAUGGAGCUGACACUGAAAGGAUAAACUUAAACCAACAAACUCCUCUUCAUUUGGCGUGUCACCAUGGCUUUCCAGUAAUUGUCUUCCAGCUUCUCAACGGUGAAGCUGAUAGAGAAGCUUCUGAUGCAGCCGGCCAGAGACCAUUACACUUCGCUUGUGCUCUCGAGUCUUCCCUUUGUGCUGAGCUUCUUCUUCAACAUGAAGAACAUGCUGAACAUCCUGCUGCUGAUAUUGAAGCUCUUAAUCCUGCUGCCAUUCUUUCAUAA